ACUCCCGAUCUGCGAGCCAUUCAAAGUCCAUGUUUUCGCUCAGUUUGACAGCCACCUGCACACCCAUAAGCCACAAGGAUGCUGGUAAACAUCUCCACAAACAGUGGACAGCAAGCAUUGAAGCUUUCCUGGCUGCAUUUCUGGCCGUACAGCAGUGAAAGUGUUGCACUUGGCGCAUGCGCAGUUGAGCCGGGUAUAAAAGCGCGGCGGCCCAACAUUCGCCCCGUCAGAACGCAGAGAUGAGGCGCUUCUUGUGUGUAGUGGCGCUCGCCGUCGUCGUCGCCGAUGCUUCCAGCGUUCGGGAGAGGCGACAGGCCCUACGGAAGAAGGACAGCGCCAAGCUAGAGGAACUGUGCCGGGACCGCGGAGAUGAGUACUUCCGUCUAGAGGAUGAGAACGACUGCAAGGUCGUUUACAGGUGCGACAGGGGCAGGGAUGCCACGCGGUUGGCCAGGGUCAAAUGCCCCCCGAGCCUUUCAUUCGAUAUCGUUCGGCAAACGUGCGAUUGGAGUUACAAGGUUAAGAACUGUGAUAUCAAACAAAAGGAGCGGAAGGUGCUGCCCCUGCUGAAGACCGACGAGCCGCUCUGCCCCGUUGACCAGCUGGCCUGCGGCAGCGGAGACUGCAUCGAUUCCUUCCUGUUCUGCGAUGGACAGCCCGACUGUGCCGACAAGUCCGACGAGAACGCCUGCGAGGUCGGCGUCGACCCGAACGGCUCGUUCCUGUGCGACACGUCGCAGUGUCUGCUUCCUUCCUGCUUCUGCUCCUCGGAUGGCACCCAGAUUCCGGAGAACCUGGAGCCGGCGCAGACGCCGCAGAUGAUCACCAUGACCUUCACCGGCGCCGUCAACGUCGACAACAUCAACCUCUACCAGGAGAUCUUCCGCGACGAGCGCCAGAACCCCAACGGCUGCACGGCCAAGGGCACCUUCUUCGUCUCGCACAAGUACACCAACUACUCGGCCGUCCAGGAGCUGCACCGCAAGGGUCACGAGAUCGGUGUCUUCUCGAUCACCACCAACGACGACCCGUCCUACUGGUCUGACGGCAGCUACGAGAUCUGGCGCGACGAGAUGGCCGGCGCUCGUGACAUCAUCGAGAACUUUGCCAACAUCACCGACGGCACCGUCGCCGGAGUGCGUGCUCCCCAGCUGCGUGUGGGAGGCAACAACCAGUUCGCCAUGAUGAUCGACCAGCAGUUCGUGUACGACUCGUCCAUCACCGCUCCGUACGGCCGUGUGCCCAUCUGGCCGUACACCCUCGACUACCAGAUGCCGCACAAGUGUCUGGGCACCUCGCAGAACUGCCCGUCGCAGUCGCACCCCGUCUGGGAGAUGGUCAUCAACGAGCUGGACCUGCGCGAAAACCCCGAGACCGAGGAGCGUCUGCCCGGCUGCCACCUGCUGUCCUCGUGCGCCAGCAUCAACAACCCCGAGCAGUUCGCCAAGAUCCUGCGCAACAACUUCGAGCACCACUACAGCACCAACCGUGCGCCGUUCGGCCUCCACCUGACCGCUGACUGGCUGCAGAACAACAAGGGAUUCAUCAACGAGCUCAUCAAGUUCAUCGACGAGAUGCAGGCCAAGAACGACGUGUACUUCGUCACCGAGUCCCAGGUCAUCAGCUGGAUGCAGGCGCCCAAGGAGACCAACGCCAUCCGUGACUUCGAUGACUGGAAGCUCAAGUGUGAGGUCAAGGGCCUGCCGGAGUGCUCCAUUCCCAACGCCUGUCUGCUGACCACCAGGGAGCUGCCUGGAGACAACUUCUAUCUCAACACCUGCAUGGAGUGCCCCAAGAACUACCCCUGGAUCAAGGAUUACACGGGCAACGGAUUCGCUCUCUAAGCGCAUCGCAGUCCUGUCCUGCGUGCACUGGUUGAGAGCUGAGCGAAACCAGGUUUAACCUGACUUCACGAAGUACAAUGUGAUUUCCUGCAUGCCGCCAAGACGUGCUGCGUGGGGAGGUUUUUCAUCUGUGAUGGAAACACGUCAGGCUCAUGCUGUGCUACGCACCAUUUACUGCUAGAGCCUCUUAUUUUCGAGGAACACCUGUCGCAGCACACGUUAUAUGCCAUCGGUGUAAGGUUUGAGUCCAGUAAGAGUCAGCUGAACGCCUGGUGUCCUCCAGUGGUUUGUUUCGAUAUGUCCUUUGCCCCCUCGCCAUAUGUUCGCGGUCAAUCAUUUCCCGUAUCCUCCAAAAGUUUCGCUAAUCCUUGACGUUGACAAUUGAUUCGUAGCUUUCCAGUCUCUAUCGCAGUGUUCUGAAGCCAUGGAGACAGCGAAGAGCCACCCAGCUCAAUGCAACCCCUUGCAAAACGCUGUCUAGUCAUGACAAUCGGUGCGAAUGAUGCGGUGCUGGCAAAAUUGUUAUGUAACACGCAGUUACAUGUAAAGAGAAGCUAAACGAUAUUGAAUUACCAGAUGACCACUGAAGAGAGCAAUAUUACAUACCUGUAAACCACAGCUGUGGUUUCAAAAUGCUAUUGUUGGAGGCACUCCUAUUUGUAUGCUGAUGCGAUCUUGACCUGGCUUCCGUCACCACAUAUUUGGGGCGCUUGCUCAGCUCCCUUCCCCAUGUUAUCGUUGCCACUUGUGCACGAGUGUUUAAUAAAUACGUGAAAGGGAACAAA